AUGAUUAGCUCAUAUACCCCCGAGAAGUUGCCAAGUACAAGCGCCAUCUUGGAAAACAUACACUCGGCCAAUGCUAUCAAUAAACAUAAUAACAACCGCGGUAGCAACACCGCUAUCAAGAAGAUCACUUUACCUCCGUUGUCCACGAUUUUAUCUACAGCUCAGACAGAUCACUAUAGAGACCACCCAUUGACACCUUACCAUUCCUCGUUCAAAUACAAUUCACCAGCUUCAAGCUAUUUCCAACAACCAGCUUCGGCCGCCACAGUUGCUCAUUCUCAUUCUCAUCCGGCCCUUGCCCAUUCUUCUAUUUCUUCUUCUUCUUCGUGUUAUUGUUCGACCCCAAAUGUCCAGUUUGUUCCAACGCCACCACCUACUACCGACCACCACCCUGCUGAAAGACACAGACUGGUCUCGGAGGAACGGCAAGGCUUGAAAAGGUCGAGUUCAUUCGUGGACGCAUCCGACACCAGCAUUCUCGAGAUUAUCAAAAAUAAACCUCAUAGCUACUCCAAUUCAUAUGCAAACACAUCGACAGCAUCCAUCUCCUCGGUCACCUCGGCCACUUCAACCACUUCGUCAGCUUCGUCAUCUUGCUCGACUUCUUCAUCGGUGUUGGCUCAAAACGACAGCAAGGCUUAUGCAUUCAUAUCCCACUCACCAGCAACUUUCCCCUCGCAAGAGCCAGCAAUCGAUAACGCACCCUUGGCAAGAAGGAAAAGAAGAAGAACGUCACAACAAGAAUUGAACAUUCUCAACCGGGAGUUUGAAAGAGGCUCGACCCCAAACAAAUCACGUCGCAUCGAAAUCGCCAAGUGUGUAAGAAUGACUGAAAAAGCCGUGCAAAUAUGGUUCCAAAACAAGAGACAAAGCAUACGGAAACAGUCCUGUUCCCAGAGAGAAGUUCUCGAACUUCCACCAACAACCAUAACGAUUCAAGAACAACAGCAGCAACAACAACAACAACACGAACAACACGAACAACAAAAAGCUGUGCCCAUUAUUUCUUCGACUCCAACAAAAGCUCUUCCACAUUCAAUUCCUUUAUUCAGACAUAUAACCCCACUACACAAUCAGCAAAGCCACCAAGCUUCCACUUCAUUGCCCCGUAUACCACCACCUUCUACUUCUUCUUCAACAACAACAGCGACAACAACUUUACCAGCCGUGCCUGCGGUCCACAAUCAAAUGAUUGAAACGAACAAAAAACAACCACACAGACUAAACGGAGUCAAUGCAUCUACAAUGACAUUCAAAUUGAUCCCAAGUAAGGUCACGAGAAAGAUCUUGGGAGAAGUGACAAACAGAAGCUGA